AGACUAACUUAUUUACUGCUUUUUAUAUGUAUAACUAAUAUUUUAUUGUAAUAUUUAUAAGAAACACAAACGAUGGACAAGAGCAAAGUGCAUAAAACCGCAGAAGCCAGCACACCAGAUGAAAAUAGUGAACCAACUGCUGGGAGUAGCUCUCUAGCGGAGAACACUUCACUAGCUGAGAAGAGUGAAGCGAUUGAGAAGCGCGCUCAAGCUGAGAAGAGUGAACCGGUUGAGGACAGCGCAUGCUCUUCACUAACAAAUGCACCAUACGAGACUAAUUCACUAGCGGAGAACAGUUUACUAGCUGAGAAGACUGAAUCGGUUGAGAAGUUCGGCGCACCAGCUGAGAAGAGUGAAGUGAUUAGUGAGAUCAGUGAACCGGUUGACGACACCGCACACUCUCCACCAACAGCUGAGCAAUCCAAAGCGCCUGAGCCCACACAGUCUUGCACUUAUAGUUUACCACCGGCACAAUUUGAUAACGAGAUGCCAGCACUGCAACGGAUUUUUAAUAGAUUUUUCGGUACUUUAUCAGUUCGCGGAAAUCAUCCAGGCUAUCAAGACUAUGCAACAGGUCGACAAACGCAGGGGCAGCAACAAGAAGAACCUAUAACUUCACAGCCUGGCAGGCCACCAGGACUUGCAGGUUUAGGCCCAUGGAUGAACGCACCUGGCAGAAGUCAAAAUUGUCCGCCCGGAUUGGAAUAUCUUAUGGUUCUUGACCAGAUAAUUAUUCAAGAAAGAUUGAAUGUGCUCGAGAUAGUUCUUGGCUUCGAUUUUUCCAGUUUAUUUGAUAUAAAAAAUAUGUGGGGCCAGAAUAUUUACUUUGCCGCCGAAACUAGUAAUUGCUGCGCGAGAGCGUGUUUUGGCCACCUUCGUCCCUUUCAUAUGCAUGUAAUGGAUAAUUUUGGCAAUGAGGCCAUACACAUGGCACGUCCGCUGGCCUGUGACGGCUGCUGUUGUCCAUUGUGCCUGCAGUCCAUUGUAGUAUCGGCGCCACAAGGCCAUGAAAUUGGAAGCGUCAAGGAGGAGUGCACUUUUUGCCAACCAAAAUUUCGCGUACUGAACUCCUUUGGCGACACUGUGCUGCGUAUUGUAGGUCCCAUUUGCUACAGCAAAUGCUUCAAGAAUGUAAUUUUUGAUGUGUUCACAGAAAAUGGCCAACUAAUUGGGAAGAUCACCAACAAGUGGUCAAACAUAUUACGUGAAAACUUUACUAAUGCGGACACCUAUGUCGUAAGCUUUCCACUCAACUUGGAUGUACGCAUGAAGGCAACACUCAUCGGUGCCACUUUCUUGAUCGAUUACAUGUACUAUGAAAAUAAGCAAGUUCAAUCAGAGUAAUAAGAAUGAAGCUAUUUUGGAGCUUCAGAUAUAUCUGUAUGCUUUUCUGAUAUAUAGUUUUGAAUAUUUCUUAAAUUCUUAGCAUGUCAUUUAUACAAUGUCUGUCAUAAAUAUUUAAUAACAA